UACAUACAUAAUACAAAAAUAUAUCAAAUAUAUUUUAAUAUGAAAAAUCUUCUUUCUUGCGCCUGCAAAAGAAAAUCAAGUAAUUAGAAAUCGGAAUGCGACAAAUUUGGCAAUAGUACAAAAAUUUCACUAGCUUUAAAAAUAUGCUUAUCAACUUCUAUAAACCUAGCUUCUCAUUUUCGCACAUGUAGAUAUUCAAAACUCUUUUAUCUUUCUCGAUAUGCUGAAGUCAACAAACCAAUCAAUCACCUAAAAGCAUUAAAGCUACGCCACUAAUUAUACUGAAAUGCCAACAGGAAAACUAUCAAGUUUUCACUUAUGCCUCGCAGCUUGUCACGCGAAAAUUUACCUAAAAUAAUCUAUUUAUAUAGAGAAAAUUUUCCCAAGAAAACAACUACGCAAUAAGCGCAAAAUCUGCCAGCGUUUCCUUCCCAAAACAACUUACCCCCUUACACUUUCUCAUAAAGGCAUAAAAUCACCUCACUUCGCUAUUUAAAGAUGGAUUUCGCAGGCUUUUUCGUGCAAAAAAUGACGCAACGACCAGCCUUACUGUCGCCCAACAACUAUUUACAUACAUACGGACUUAACAAUUAUAAUGCUAUAAGUAAUCAUGUGGGUAGGUGAGUUUCCUUGUUUACAUUUCGAUUUUUUCUUGAUUUAUUUUGUGCGAAAUGUAUUUUCACCCACCCAAUUGACGGUGCGUCGCCAGCGCAUUAGUCGAACGCCGCGAAUUUCGUAGCAAACACGCGAGUGCCGAGAGUGUCUAGUGAACUAUUUUUGUUGUUUUGCACAAAGUAUUUCGCGCAGUGUAAGCUGAAUUUAGUUUUUGGCGCAGUGCUGAAGACUGAAGAAGCUCAAUGCAUAAAAACUUACAACAACGUUAUCUGGCAACGCUGAGAAAAUGUGCCACACCAAUGCCAACUUUUGCAGCACAAACCGUGACAACCCAACCGCAACGGCAACAACAAGUAGUGCAAAAACAAAAACAAAAACAAGAAAUACAAACGCAACCAUACAGCGUUAGCUCACCAAAGCGUUGUGCCUUGCCGCGCAAUUUCGGGCAAUGUUUUGAUUGCUUUCACGUGGCAGCUGUGAGAAGCGUCGCCCUCAGCAGUUCAAGGUCGCAUGUCACAAGCGCAACAAAAACAGCAGCAACAGCUACAGCGCCGCAAACAACAACGAAAACGCCAGUUACGACAGUAACAGUAACAGCCGCUGUUGACGGCAUGACGGCCAGUUCAGAUAUAGCAGAUAUUCUCAUUACAAAUACAACAAAAAUAACAAGUGCUAACCAGCAAACACGCGGCGCGGAGGUAAAAUCAAGCGCAGAAAUUUUAAAUAUAGCAAUUUGGGUAAAUCUGUGACACUUUUGCUUGCUUUUGCAUUAUGCAAAAGCUUUCCGAAUUUUGUUACGCGCCCACUGUUACGUAUACGCAGUGUACAUCCCCUUUGAGCAGAUAAAUAUCUGUGUCGCUUUGUCUGCGUCAACAGCUGAUGCAACCUAAACUCUUGUCACUUGUGUUUUAGCUACCCAAGGCUGGCCGCUUAGUCGUCUCAAGUGUGUUGGGUGUGUGUGUGGGAGGAGCGCGAGUGAGGUAAAUGGCUAUAUAGAUUACUCAUACGCCAUGUGCGACGGUGUGUGCAUUAAAAGCCCUGACGCGAAUAAAUAACCAGUUUGUUGCUAAGCGCUCUGCUCUGUUAUAUUGUUGGAAAUAAAAGCUGUCAGAAGCUUACGAGCUUUUACUUUUACCUUAGAUAUGAGCUUUUUGUCGUUAACAUUCAAAUGGUGUCAAGCUUUAAUGCUUUCAAAUAUUUUCUAUGUGCUUUGUGGAUUGAUAUGAAACUUGUUAGGCAUUUGUGCGCAUUGAUAAGCAUUUUUAUGAUGUAUCUUCGCUAACUCAUUUGACUAGACUUUUUGUUUGACUGGUGAAAUCCAAAAAUAAAACACAAUUUGCCCUUACUUGCUCUUCUCUAUUUAUUUUUUAUUUCUUAAAACACUUCUCUGCCUUCAUUCUUUGUCUUUCGACAUUUUAUUUAUAUUCCACGCACGACUUCAACGCUUCGGCAUUAACUGCCGAUCACGUGAACACAAGUUCUCUGAAACAAAGUGCUUUUAGAAGACAUGACAACUGCUAUUAAUAAACAAUAGCGAUAAUUUUCUGUAUUCUGGCGAUCUUUGACAAGAAAAGACACGUGAUCACGUGCUGUCGAGUGGUUUGCUGGUUGGAAUGUGUGCACGUUAAUCAGUGUGGGCGAAGCAAAUGGACAGAGUGGGAAUAUAUGGUAUAUACAAAUGUGAGAUAACUGUAGCAGCUAAAUAGUGUUUUUUUGCCUUUUUUCUUGCAAUUUGCUAAUUUUUGAAUUUGAAUGGAGUACAUACAUAUCUAUAUAUCAUAUACCUAUAUUCUAUGUAGAAGUCUUCGAUACUAGGUAAUGCAUAAAAGUAAUCUAUGCGGCUAAAUUCUGCUCCGUUCAUAUUUACAAUCAAGUAAAUACAUGAGAAGCGUUGCAACACAAUAUGUAAACAACAAAUACAAGUUAUGAAAUACAAUUUAUAUGUAAAUAUUUUCAUUAUUUCGUCACAUCGUCAAGCAAUUGAAGAAAAUUUGCAGAAAGUUGGUUGUGUUGCUAUUUUAAUUUAAAAUUUUGUUUAAUUUUGUGUUUCAACUUUGAAUAAGGAAAUAAUAUUUAUAUUCUCGAAAGGGCAUAUGAGAGGACUAAUUGAAAAUGAAGGAAGUGAAGCACUUUAAUGAGUUACUAUUUCACUGUGGCAUCGAUGAGUUUUUCGUUCCUAUGGUAAGCGAAAGGGGGGAUCUGUUACUUUUCGUAGGACAUCGACGUGCUAAUUUUCAUCGGUCGGUGUAAGCAAUAAAAUCAUGCUCCAACGAUUACCUUGCUCACUUACGAAAGUCUACCAUAUCCCGAUGGGUCAUAUUUGGCAAAUGAGCACAGAAAUUUUGAAAGAGUGCCGUUGCUGCUUUUGGUUUUCUCACACUAAGGUUUUCUGACUUCAAAAAUUGAAAUUGCCAUUUUGAAAUACCUUCAUGUAUAUAUGGCAUAGUGCUGAAAUAUUAUUAUAUUUAAAAAUAUAUAUAUGUAUAAACUCCACGGACAUAGUGACGUAAACAAAGACGACAGCCAAAAUUUUGAACCUUAUGCAUACUUAUUAUUUUUGAAUUUGCGGACAUUAGAAUUAUGUCAGGGGCACGCGUCUUCAAUGCAAUGAUUGAUUUCAAGCGACAGCUAGCCAAAACAAUUCUAGAUAACUUUACCUAUAUAAUACACAUAUAAGUAAAACUUAUCUACUUAUUAUAUGCAGCUAUUCGUUUGAAGCCGUCAAGCUCAUUGCCAAUGCAUAAUAUCCACUUGCUGAUUUGUUUACCGUUUUGUCCACAAAUAUCUUUUGAUUUUCGCAAUUGUUCAUGUUUCGAGGUACAAUUCUUGGAAGAAAGGAACUCCAAAAGCAGUUAUCAAAAUCCAUCAUCUAAUUCCCUCUCAACCUUAUCCAACAAAUCAUGCCAACAGUGCGCUUCGUACGUGGACGCUGCUACGAUCGUGAACGAACUACUGGUUUUGGAAACUGCCGCGGAAACGACGCCAUGCACGCCGACGCUGCAGCAAUUCGCUGUAGAACUGUACACGGAUUUGGGUCCUAGCGAGCGCGUCGGUCUUACUGGUGACGUCAAGGCUUUGGGUGAAUGGCGUUUGGAGCGCGCCAUUGCAUUGGAACCACAACAGGGCGACCGCAGAUGGCAGGCCAAUGUGCUGUUGCAAACUUGUCGCAAUAUAAGUUACCGCUAUUUCAUUUAUGUGGAGGACAAGCAAGGUCGCAAGCAGAUACGUCGCUGGGAGACACGUCUACAGCCACGUGUGCUCAAGCCCGCUGGCGCUGAGUCGGCUAACAGCGAGACGCGCAUUGAUCGCUUCGGCGAUGCCGAUGGCAGUGGUGAGACACAAGUUAAUCGUGGCUGGUUGACCAAUGAUUGUAUAGUGCAGUUGAAGUUCGAACGUGAACAAAUGUUCCAGGUGCUUGAUAUUGAGAAAUUCGACCCGGCCGAUGAAGUGUUGGUGAAGAUUUUGCCAUUGAAUGAGGAGGGCGAACCGAACGAGGCGGGCGUAAACGUUGAGGUGGCGAAAUUGAAAUAUGCGCAGAGUCAUUUGCAGCCGCAGCAAGCUUUCGGUAUUGCAUAUGAGCAAGGCGAUAUUGUUGUAUUCCAUAUUACGGCACCAUGUCCUUUGCAGACAGCGUUCGCAAUUAUUUUUCACACACCCGAUCAGCGUCCAGUCGGCAAGGCUGUUAUUACAGCCGCACAGCUGGAGGGUAGCGAGGGUGUGCUGGAAUUGUCUAUCACAGAGCCGGUGCCUGAGGCCACCACCAUUAUUGCGCGUCUUACACUACCGUACCUGAUUGUAAAGCCGUUCGCCGAUAAGACGCUUGACUUUCGCACCACAUACGCGCACUACUGGCCCAGGAGCUGGCCGAACUUGAAUGUGGGUCAUCGCGGCAAUGGACGCAGCUACAUUGCCGAUCCGCCAGCCGAACGCGAGAACACGAUCGCUUCGUUUAUGCGCGCUUAUGAGAAAUUCGCCGACAUGAUUGAACUGGAUGUGCACUUAACGGCCGAUGGUGUGCCAGUCAUCUACCAUGACUUUGGCAUGCGCACAGCACCGCAGGGUAAAAACAUCACGAAGGCUGAGCAGCUGCAGUAUGUGCUGAUUAAAGAUAUAAAUUACGAGAAAUUGAAGCAGUUACGCGUGUUCGCCAUUAUCAAUGGCAAGCCAGUCGAAUUUCCAUCACACAAUGCAGAGCCACGUGUGGAGCACCGCAUUUUCCCCACGCUAGUCGAUGUACUCGAGGGUUUGCCCAAGUCGUUGGGUAUCGAUGUGGAGAUCAAGUGGCCACAGCGUCGUGCUAGCGGCGCGCCCGAAGCGCAUCAGACAAUCGAUAAGAAUUUCUUUACUGAUCGUGUGCUAGCGACCGUCAUCAACCAUGGCUGCGGCCGUCCGCUGCUCUUCUCCAGCUUCGAUGCGGACAUAUGUACAAUGUUACGCUUCAAGCAAAAUCUUUUCCCUGUGAUGUUCUUGACCCAAGGUCAAACCAAGAAAUGGUCGCCUUUCAUGGACUUGCGUACACGCACUGUCGAACAGGCUAUCAAUAAUGCCCAAGCUUUCGAGUUGGCUGGCACGGCGCCACAUGCUGAGGACCUGCUAAGUGAAGAGGGGGCGCAGCUGUUGCAGAAGGCGCGCGACUUGGGACAGAUCUCACUGGUCUGGGGGGACGAUUGCAACUCCAAGGAACGCGUGCAGUACUUUGUGGAAAUUGGUGCGACUGCCACAUGCUACGAUCGCACAGAUCUAUACAUACCGGAAGGCAAGGAGCGUGCAUUCUUCAAUUCGUCCAGUCUCUUAGCAGAGUUCGAGGAGCAAUGUCUGCGCUAAGCGGCUCUGUAGUCGAUAGCGGGAGCAGCGAAGUGAUAACAGGGGUGAAAUACAACCCUGAAGGGAGGGUAAUUUAUAAGUGAUUGUGAUCGGCUUGCCGAUCGGAGCAUUGGGCGGGAAGUAUAUGCCGAGUUUUAUACGUGGGCAAUUUGAGUAACGGCAUUAUUCACUUUUAAUAAACUUAGCUAUAUUUUUUUAUAAAACAUAUUCACAAAAACAUUAUACAAACAAACAAAAAAAAAUCUUUAAGUUGUCGCA